AUGGCCAAGUCGGUUAACCUGUCGCAGGAACUCUUGUCAUGGCCGCUGUCCAUGUUUUCGCUCGUCAGCGGUGCAUUGCUGCUGAUUGCUGGAGGUAUGGCAGAUGCGUUCGGCAGACGAACCGUAUUUCUGCUGGGAAUCGCGGUGUUUGCUGCCAUGUCAAUUGCAACGUCAUUCCAGACGUCGGGAGGAGGCCUGAUCGGGUGUUGUGCGGGGUUGGGUUUGGCUGCUGCGAUGCUGAUUCCCUCUGGCGUAGGUAUCCUCGGCAGUUCGAUUCCAGAAGGCUCGGUCAAGAACCGCUGCUUCGCCGCUAUUGGGGCAGCUCAACCGAUAGGCUUCAUCCUCGGCUUGGUUUUGGGAGGACUGCUCGCAAAUCACUGGCGUAUCAUCUUCUGGAUCUUGGGUGCAUGCGCCAUUAGCUUCGGUGUAUGUGCUUUCCUUUCAUUGCCAAACGAAGGAGAGGAGCUCAUGAGGACGAGCAGUGGCUCAGCAGCCACUUCUAUCGUAGAUCUGACGGCGAACGCGGCCCCUAUCUCGGUUGAGGGACGCUCUUCGACAGGUGUACAGGAUUCCAGCAAAGCCACCGUCGGUUCGAGCCGCACCGACCUUCCAGCGUCGUCUUCAAACACUCCUAGCACCUCGGCACCACUAGGACCUGCAAGUCAUGCGACGACGAGCCGCUCGCUCCGUCUCAAGACAUUCGACUGGUUUGGCGCAUUCAUGUCGACGUCUGGGCUCGUCAUGCUCACUUUCGCACUCGCCGAUGCAGAAACAGCUCCUCACGGGUGGAAGACUUCCUACGUCCUAGCCCUCCUUCCCACCUCGAUCAUCAUGCUCGUAGCAUUCCUUUCCUGGGAACGAUACCUCGAACGACGUCAACAAACCUACGAACUCGGAUCAUCCCUUGCUUCCACCGCCACUCCACGUCGAAACGCCACCUUCUUCAUCGCACCACCCACCACGCCUCUCCUCCCACCCGCCAUCUGGCGAGCUCCGCGCUUCGCCGCCGUCCUCAGCGUCAUCUUUCUCGCCUGGCUCAGCUUCAACGUCAUGUCCUACCUCAGCACGCUUGUCCUCCAAGAGGUGCAGCAGGUCUCGCCCACACGAACGUCGCUGUUCUUCCUGCCUAUGGUGGGGAUGGGGUUGGCGCUCAAUGUCUUCGCUGGGUAUGUUGUGGGAAGGAUUGCGGCGGUGUGGUUGAUCGUAGGGGGUGCAACGGCUGGUGCGGCUGCUUGUGUGAUCAUGAGCGUAGGAGUGCAGCCGGACACGCCUUAUUACAAGGCGAUGCUGUGGAUCAUGAUUCUGCAGGUCGGUCCGGAUGUGUUCUUCCCCGCUGGAUCACUGUAUGCCAGCAAAUCAGUCGGAAGGCAGCAUCAAGCAUUGGCGGGAAGUCUAUUCAACACCACAAUCAGAUUGGCUACCUCGCUCGGGCUGGCCAUCUCAAGUUCGAUCUCGACCAGUGUCACAAAAGCUGCUGUUCGCAAGGCUGCCAACCACGUUGCUGGCAGAUUGAUCAAGAGGGAGGGUCUGGUGUUGCAUCCGACGAUGAUCUUUGCUGGAUCCCAUCUGGUACCGAGAGCCGCAGUGGGUGGAGCAACGGGAAAUGCAGCGGAGGCGGUCGAGAAACCGAUCGAGGCGCUGUUGGAGGGGUACAAAGCGGCAUCUUGGUUGUGUUUCGCUUGCUCUGUACUGUCAAUCGUUGUGGCGCUGGUCAAGCUGAGAUCGAUCGGGAUCGUCGGUGGUAUGGAGGGCAAGGUGGAGGAUAGCACGAGGGAAGGAUCCCCGAGUGUAGCGGUGGAGCGCCCAGGGGAAUACGAGUUGGAGAGUAUCACACCUAGUGAUGCCAAGACUACUCACACUAGACGAUAG